AUGUUCUUGACGAAAGCAACGGGCUCGCUGUGUUUGCUAAAGCGUAGCUCCUCGUGCUCUGUGAUAUGUGGCGUGCGGUUCUACGCGCCCAACGCCCCCGCCGCGGCCAGGACCGCCUCGGCUGUUGGCAAAUCGCCCGUCGAGGUGCUGAAGGAAAAACUCGACCAUGGUGAAAUUCAGCCCGACCCGCACCAGCACCACAUCACCGAAGCUCUCCAGGUAGUGUAUGAUAGCAUUAAAACAUACAGCCCACCUAAACCGAGCACUGGCAUAGGAAAAUGGUUCGGCUUCGGCAAGGACCAGAAGGUGGACGCACCCAAAGGACUCUACAUCUACGGCAGCGUUGGUGGGGGCAAAACCAUGCUCAUGGACAUGUUCUACGACUGCUGCACGAUCGAACGAAAGCGGCGGGUGCACUUUAAUUCGUUUAUGACAGACGUGCACGCUAAAAUCCACGAUAUCAAAUCUAAGCAUGUGAGAGACGCAAGUAACACCAAACCGCAACCAUUCGAUCCGAUAAAGCCCGUUGCCGAGUUGAUAACGGAGGGCUCGUGGAUGAUUUGCUUCGACGAAUUUCAGGUUACCGACAUCGCGGAUGCAAUGAUCUUGAAACGGCUGUUCACUUAUCUCUUCAAUAACGGCGUGAUUGUGGUGGCCACCAGCAACCGUGCCCCCGACGAUUUGUACAAAAAUGGGCUGCAGCGUAGCAACUUCGUGCCGUUCAUUGGGGUGCUCAAGAGUCACUGCAACGUCGUUACGCUAGAUAGUGGCGUCGAUUACCGAACGGCGGCGCUUAAGGGAGAAAGUAAACAUUACUUCGACAAAUCCCUAGGCGACGCUAACGCCUCAAUGGACAAACUGUUCAAGGUGCUCUGCUCUCAGGAGAACGACAUGAUACGACCGAAAACUUUUACCCAUUUUGGUAGGAAUAUAACGUUCGCCAAAACCUGUGGUCAGGUGUUGGAUAGCACGUUCGAAGAACUCUGUGAUAGGCCUCACGGUGCUAGCGAUUUCUUGCAAAUUUCACAAUUCUUUCACACCGUGCUAAUUCGGGAUAUACCCCAACUUAAUUUAAAGCUAAAAUCCCAAACGAGACGUUUCAUCACACUAAUCGACACACUGUACGAUAAUCGUGUGAGGGUUGUGGUAUCCGCCGACGUGCCGUACAAAUAUUUGUUCUCUAACGAAAAACUGGACGACAUGCACACCUCUGACGAGCAUCGGAUGCUGAUGGACGAUCUGAAAAUUACCAAGGAUUCAACAGACGCUAGUUCGAAUAUUUUUACGGGUGAAGAAGAGGUGUUUGCCUUCGAGCGAACAGUUUCGCGUCUUGCCGAGAUGCAAUCGGCAGAAUACUGGACGCUGUGGGAGAAACACCGCUAGAUAGAAAAAUUUCGUGGGAAGUGAAAAUUCACCUUAACGGAAAUGUGUACUUAAAAUUUUACUAGCACAAAACGUGUGUACAUACGAAACCAUUGUUUGUAGGAAUUUUAAAUUCAAUUCAUAAUAAAUUAUUGUAUUUGUUAUUGCUUCAGUCUUAGAUAAAAAGUUUGUGACUUACUAUUCCACAAAAAAAAACU